CCUAAAUACCUUAUUAUAUAAAUAAAUUGUGUGUUUUUUCUUUUACCAGUUUAAGAGAUUCAGAUAAAAAUCUACGCCUCACGUAAAAACAAGAAAGAAAAAGAGGAAUCGAAACAUGGCUGCAAGGCCAAAGUUGGUUUGUGAAGAAGACGAAUUGAUGAAAAUGCAAGAAGAAUUCAGAUCUGGAAGGAUAACAAAUUCUGCUACAUCAGAAGUGAUAAAGUCACCUCACACAAGUCAUGAAAGUACUACAGGAAAGAAAUCUUUGUUUGCUGCAAGAAGGGAGAUGGUCGAAAAAAUCAAGGAAAACCCAUUUCAUUAUCAACAUUCCAAAGUCCAAGUGUUGAAAGAUGUCGUGGAGAAAUGUGAAAGCAUAGAAAUAAAAGUGCAUGACCAAAAGAGAGAAAAUCCUUUUCCUGAAGUAUUCCAAAGAACUAAAUCCAUGAAAGCUUCAGGUUCUGGAAGUAUAUUUGCUCAACAACUUAGAAAAGCAAAGAUGAUUAAAGAUGAUGAAAUUGCUGAAUUGCCCUCUGUUACCUUGCCACCUUGCCUAAAUCAAUGCAGUGAAAUUGCAAAAGCUGUUCUUGGAGAAACAGAAGCCAAUAAAAUUCACCACGAAAAUGUACAGAAACUAUCAUCAAUGAUGGAUAAAGACAUCCUUCAUGAACAGCAGCAAUUACUACAAACCUUAGAUCCAAAGCUCAUUGCAUUAUUGAAGAACAAAAAAAAAUCUACUUCUAGUUCUAACCAAGUUAUGGUAGAAAACCCCCCAGUAAAAGAAAUCUCAAAAGAAACAGAAGACGAGCCUGAAAUCAGGGAGAUUUGUGAAAUGAAAAAAUCAAAGUGGCUACAUAUGAAUCAUGUGGAAAAGGAAAAGGUUAGGUGGAUGUCGUCAUUACCUCCUCUCAAAGAGAUUCCUGGCGAAAGCUUUCAAGCACGAUUUGAUUUCCAAGGUCACCUUUUGGCAGCCAACGUUGAUUUACCGGUCACAGCGGGUCUCCAUCAUCAUGGUGAAGAACCUGAGAGAGCAGGAUACUCCAUUAACGAACUGAUGUUACUAAGUCGUAGCAGCAAAAUGCAACAAAGGGUAUUGGCUUUGAACACCCUUGCCAGCAUCUUGGAAAACACUCGACUAGGCAUCUUUGAUUCAUGUUUUGAAGCCCCACUCAUACCUGUAUUAUUGGACAAUGGGUUCUUGAUGCUCCUGCGGUUUUGUUUGGAUGACAGUGCGCCUUCAGUUGUCGCUGCUGCCCUUGUCGCAUUUUCACGUUUUCUUUCCUCUCCGUUUGAUGAGACCUGUCUUGAACGUUGUUACAUUUGGCACUUGGGCGAAAAGCAACCAAAUUUGUGUAGUCGCAUCCAAAUGGAUUCCACAGACCAGGAACAAGAGGCUGAAAUGAAAGACAAUGAAAUGAGUCGUGUAGAUGUGAUUAAAGUUUGCCUGCGAAUGGAUAUUCUGCUCAGAAUCCGUUACAUUUUCGAAGAAAUUCGCCCGGAGGCGCCAGCAGUAAUUGCUGGCCUCGAAAUUCUUACUAGAAUGGCACGCCAUUCCUCCGCUGUCGCACAAUCCAUCGUCGAUUUCCCACGUUUAAUGGACGUUGUCUUCAAUUGUUUUCUUCCGAAAGAUGUGACAUCGCUUUGUACCAGUCAAGAACAAGACCGUGUGAAUAACGUAUAUGGCUUGCCUGUACGCCAAGUCCUCCGACUUGCUCGCGUGAUUGCCUCAUGGAACGCAGAGCUUGCCACCAAGCUCGUCGUUAAAUAUUCUCUUCUAGAAUCCAUCAAGAUUUACGUAGCGAUAGAUACGGUGAAACUAAGUUUACCAACACAAGAAGCCCUUCUACUAGUGCUGGAUAGUUAUCAUACAUGGCGCACCCUACUCCGACAUGGAGUCGGCAUCGAAUCAUUCUUGGAAUUUUAUCCAGUUUGGUUUCCACAGCUUCAGUGUUAUCAGUCUUCGAUCUCGAUGGAUUCUGGGUACAGCAACAGCAGCAAUGCACGCUUCAGUCACCACUUGGGUUCAUCUCUGCUGUUAUUGAUGGAAGCCUUCUUAAGUGCAUGUUGCACUUCAGGAUCCUGCGCAGGAAGCUGCAGGGGAGACCAUAAAUAUUUGCAUAUUAAACAGGUUGGCGGUUUAAGGGAAGCUGUGGAAAUUUGUGUGGCCAAGUGGACGUGGCAGUUACGGAAAAAUACGGAUCCCAUCCCAGAUUCAGCUGGAAGCCUACUAGCUACCGGGAUUCACUUGUUAGCAACGUUUUACACGCAUUGGAUUGAUCCACAGGCUCCUUCUUUACUGGACAAACUUUGUCGUAGUCAUAUCCUUCCAUUGCUUCAUUCGGAACCCAUGCAAGAGCUCGCCAAAUUGCUAAUUCGCCACAGCAAUCUUUCUUCCACAUUGCAGUCUUGUUCUAGGUUUCCGGAGUCUCUUCCAUCCGUCUGUGCCACUGCGAUGGGUGGAGAAUUGGUCCCGAUAAUGGCCUCUUCUAGUCCUUUCCCUUUAUUCACAUCCAUUUUUCGGCUAUUGAGGAUUUGGAAAGAUAAAAGUGCAUCUGUCCAGGUUGUGGAUUUGACAAUACCCAGCUCCUGUUUCGAUUACUUGGCGAAUUUGACUGGUCCACCAUCUUGUUUAUCUGGAAAUUGGUUUACGCGUUACGAGUUGCAGUUCCUUCACGAGUUCCUCAUGAUCUGCGCCGAGUGGGAGAAUUUCACCCCCGAGCAGUCACGUUUAGCACAUCAAGUGGCCUUAACAGCGAUAACGAGCCUUGGUCCUGGUGCAGAAGUUGUUGCUGUAGAUUGGAUUCGUCAUCUGAUCUUUCAAAAAGAUUUUAUUCUACGUGGAUUUGAUCUAGAAACCAGUUUGUCACAGUUGCAUCUGAACGAGACCUUGUUAUCGACAACUUUAAAUGGAUUAAGCCAGCUGGGAAACUUUUACAGUGAUCAACUGCUGCCAGAAGAAUCUAGGAAUGAUUUAAGGACAGCGUUGACGCUUGAGCAUCGUCAAGUGCUUCCAACAGACUGGAUCUAUUUACCAUUGGUGUUGCUGUACCAGCGAGACCUUGAGAAGCCGCUCGAAGGGAAAACAAACAUCGCCGAAACGGCUCUGUUUUCGUUGCGAGCCGUUUACGUCCUUUUGUUUCUUCAGCCUACGUGGUUCUUCCACGUCCAACCGACAGAGCAUUAUGCUCGUCUAGCUUGCACUUUCCUGGCCGGCAAUGAUCUUUUCUUAGACAAAACGAUCAGUGAUUACAUGUGGCCUAUCUUACGCAAAUUGGCGCGACAACAUUUGGAUUUCAGUAGACCUGUAAGCGGAGUGGACGAUUUCAUCGACCUAUAUGAACGGUUAAUUGACCAGUUUGAAGCCGUUUCAUAUGGUAGUCCGCUCUUUGCAGCAUUUCUUCUGUUGCCACUUCAACAGCAUCAACCCGUCCGUUUUCGUUUGAAGUUAUGGUGCGAACAUCCAAACGCUCUACGCAUCCUCACGUUGAACGAUCAACAGAUGCUGCAUUCGUUAGAUCACUGGAAAGAGCCAACUGAAACAAAUGAAGUUUUGCUGAUGAAGUAUGCGGCUUCUAUAAGGUCUGGUACUAUAACCAGCCAACGAAACCCUGUACUCUUCGGAAUAGCGACACAUCACAUUAAAUAUUACGCUGAACGAAAUCCGCACUCUCUUGAUAAAUUGAAUUUGUGA